AUGCAUAAAGAGAAAACACCAGAGGCAUCCGAUGUACCUGUUACUCCAAUUCAUGAAGAUAAAACAGUUGCUACUGAUGCUCCCACUAUACCGGUUGAUGUUCAUCAAAAAGAAACAACAAAACCCACUGACGCAACUACUGCUCCAGAUGCACAUGUAACUCCAGUUGAUGAAGAUAAAACAGAAACAGAAAGAGUUACAGAUGCACCUGUUACUCCAUUUGAUAAAGAAUCAAUAACGGAAGGUGUUACCGAUGAACCUACUUCUCAGGUCGAUGUUCAUGAAGGGAAAACACGAAAGCCAACAGAUGCACCGGUUACUCCAGUUCCUGAACAUCAAACAGAAAGUGUUACCGAUGAUCCUACUACUACUACUGAGGAUAUGCAUAAAGAGAAAACACCAGAGGCAUCCGAUGUACCUGUUACUCCAGUUCAUGAAGAUAAAACAGUUGCUACUGAUGCUCCCACUAUACCGGUUGAUGUUCAUCAAAAAGAAACAACAAAACCCACUGAUGCAACUACUGCUCCAGAUGCACCUGUAACUCCAGUUGAUGAAGAAAAAACAGAAAGAGUUACAGAUGCACCUGUUACUCCAUUUGAUAAAGAAUCAAUAACGGAAGGUGUUACCGAUGAACCUACUUCUCAGGUCGAUGUUCAUGAAGGAGAAACACGAAAGCCAACAGAUGCACCGGUUACACCAGUUCCUAAACAUCAAACAGAAAGUGUUACCGAUAAACCUUUUACUACUGUGGAUGUGCAUAAAGAGAAAACAUCAGAGGCAUCCGAUACACCUGUUACUCUAAUUCAUGGAGAUAAAACAGUUGCUACUGAUGCUCCCACUAUACCGGUUGAUGUUCAUCAAAAAGAAACAACAAAACCCACUGAUGCAACUACUGCUCCAGAUGCACCUGUAACUCUAGUUGAUGAAGAAAAAACAGAAACAGAAAGAGUUACAGAUGCACCUGUUACUCCAUUUGAUAAAGAAUCAAUAACGGAAGGUUUUACCGAUGAACCUACUUCUCAGGUCGAUGUUCAUGAAGGGAAAACACGAAAGCCAACAGAUGCACCGGUUACUCCAGUUCCUGAACAUCAAACAGAAAGUGUUACCGAUGAACCUACUACUACUGUGGAUGUGCAUAAAGAGAAAACACCAGAGGCAUCCGAUGUACCUGUUACUCAAAUUCAUGAAGAUAAAACAGUUGCUACUGAUGCUCCCACUAUACCGGUUGAUGUUCAUCAAAAAGAAACAACAAAACCCACUGACGCAACUACUGCUCCAGAUGCACCUGUAACUCCAGUUGAUGAAGAAAAAACAGAAAGAGUUACAGAUGCACCUGUUACUCCAUUUGAUAAAGAAUCAAUAACAGAAAGUGUUACGGAUGAAUCUACUUCCCCGGUUGAUGUUCAUGAAGGAGAAACACGAAAGCCAACAGAUGCACCGGUUACACCAGUUCCUAAACAUCAAACAGAAAGUGUUACCGAUAAACCUACUACUAUUGUGGAUGUGCACAAAGAGAAAACAUCAGAGGCAUCCGAUACACCUGUCACUCCAAUUCAUGAAGAUAAAACAGUUGCUACUGAUGCUUCCACUAUACCGGUUGAUGUUCAUCAAAAAGAAACAACAAAACCCACUGAUGCAACUACUGCUCCAGAUGCACCUGUAACUCCAGUUGAUGAAGAAAAAACAGAAACAGAAAGAGUUACAGAUGCACCUGUUACUCCAUUUGAUAAAGAAUCAAUAACGGAAGAUGUUACCGAUGAACCUACUUCUCAGGUCGAUGUUCAUGAAGGGAAAACACGAAAGCCAACAGAUGCACCGGUUACUCCAGUUCCUGAACAUCAAACAGAAAGUGUUACCGAUGAACCUACUACUACUACUACUGUGGAUUUGCAUAAAGAGAAAACACCAGAGGCAUCCGAUGUACCUGUUACUCCAAUUCAUGAAGAUAAAACAGUUGCUACUGAUGCUCCCACUAUACCGGUUGAUGUUCAUCAAAAAGAAACAACAAAACCCACUGAUGCAACUACUGCUCCAGAAGCACCUGUAACUCCAGUUGAUGAAGAAAAAACAGAAACAGAAAGAGUUACAGAUGCACCUGUUACUCCAUUUGAUAAAGAAUCAAUAACGGAAGGUGUUACCGAUGAACCUACUUCUCCGUUCGAUGUUCAUGAAGGGAAAACACGAAAGCCAACAGAUGCACCGGUUACUCCAGUUCCUGAACAUCAAACAGAAAGUGUUACCGAUGAACCUACUACUACUACUGUGGAUAUGCAUAAAGAGAAAACACCAGAGGCAUUCGAUGUACCUGUUACUCCAAUUCAUGAAGAUAAAACAGUUGCUACUGAUGCUCCCACUAUACCGGUUGAUGUUCAUCAAAAAGAAACAACAAAACCCACUGAUGCAACUACUGCUCCAGAUGCACCUGUAACUCCAGUUGAUGAAGAUAAAACAGAAACAGAAAGAGUUACAGAUACACCUGUUACACCAUUUGAUAAAGAAUCAAUAACAGAAAGUGUUACGGAUGAAUUUACUUCUCCGGUUGAUAUUCAUGAAGGAGAAACACGAAAGCCAACAGAUGCACCGGUUACUCCAGUUCGUGAACAUCAAACUGAAAGUGUUACCGAUGAACCUAUUACUACUGUGGAUAUGCAUAAAGAGAAAACACCAGAGGCAUCCGAUGUACCUGCUACUCCAGUUCAUGAAGAUAAAACAGAAGUUGCUACCGAUGCAUCUGCUACUCUAGUUUAUGAUGAAACAAAAGUUGCUACUUAUGCUCCCACAAUACCGGUUGAUGUUCAUCAAAAAGAAACAACAAAACCCACUGAUGCAACUACUGCUCCAGAUGCACCUGUAACUUCGGUUGAUGAAGAUAAAACAGAAACAGAAAGAGUUACAGAUGCACCUGUUACUCCAUUUGAUAAAGAAUCAAUAACAGAAGGUGCUACAGAGACUAAUUAUGCAG